AUGAGUCGGUCCUCUGGCACCGUCAUCGACCUGACCGAAGAGUCGCCACCGGCACCCUUGCGCCUGAGACCUACACCAACCUCAAGGCCCAUAACAAACUCCUUAAGACCUACAUCAACCUCGACCGGCACUCACAUCUUCGACUGGUCUCACUGGCCCGACAGCCGUCCACAUUCCACCAUUCCUGCAAACCCGGGCCCAUCUGCCUCAUCAAGCAGCACGAGCAGCGCAGCACGGGUUCGCGAGCGUAUCGUUCCUGGCUCGUCCCGUCCCCGCCCUGAACCCAUCGUCGUCGCUAGCGAUGACGAGUCCGACGCUGAAGACCGCAGCUUCACCAUCGUAGGCCAGUCCGAGCAAGCGCGAACCAACGUCCCACUCUUCCGCUCCCUAUCGACCGGCACGCCAGCCUCUUCGAGUCGUCCACCGCCGUCGACAUCAGCCUCAUCCCUCCGCUUCCACGACGGGAUAGGCAGAGGACCUCACUCUCACAGCUCGCGCAUCCCGCAAGGCUUUGGCAUCCUCGGCUCCUCACCGACGGCGCGCCAUCCGCUCCUACCACAGCAACGCGCAGCGAUCCCGUCGACCAGCACUACCACAGCGAGGAGAACCUCUGGGUUCGGUGCCAACACCGCAAAUCUUGUCUCCCGGCUGGGUGGAGAUUGGGAUUUCACAUCCCUCACCUUUGGCGGCAUGGAGAUGAUUGGCUCCCUACUGCGAGGCCUCCAUUCAAGCGGCCCUGCUUCGCACCCGCAGAGCACGGAACGCAAGGUGCCGCAGAAGUACGAACCCACUUGGACUCAUCCGCAUGAAGUGCAGCCCGGCUUCUCGCAUUCGAUCAUCGAGCCGCCCGUCGACCUCGACACGUACUUUGACGACAAGGCGAUCGUCACCGGACCCUUACCCGAUACUACACCGAUCUGCGCAGGCUGUCGUCAUGCGCUGGUGACGGGGGCUAACGAGGAUCAAAGGAUCUGGGUGCUGCCUUGCGGUCAUGUUAUUGACGGCCGAUGCAUCGAUCGCCUCAGUGGGAUCGAGAAAGAGUCUGCAGAUGGCGGCGACGGCGGGGACGUCCGCGGAAAGGGCAAGGCCAAGGCAGUUGACCCUCCAGAGGAUGAGCCCCGAUCCAAGUCGGCCAGAACAUCCGCGCGGACUCGAGCCAGCACAGCCGCCGCCAAGCCAACCACUCCCAAGAAGCCAAAGAAGCCCAAGCGCUUCGAAUGCCCUGUCCAGGGCUGCGGCCAGAAGUGCUCCAAAGAACCCGGCAGCAAGUUCUCGGCAUGGGCGGUCUUUGUGUAA